UCGUUGAUUUCAGAAAGUAAACACGGACGAGAUGGAGAAGGAGGUCUCGACCGAGUCGUUUUCACUGCUGUCACACUAAAUUCGAAGCCAAGUCGGUUGUGUGUGCUCGACGUUAAACUUGUUCGCCGACCGCCCGAGGGCCGACCAUGCCGACAGUGUGUGUUCGGCCAGCCUGACGAGCCGAAUUCGCCCGCCGAAGCGCAGGGGAUGCCAUAAAAAACGGGCCACAUAUGGAGUCCCUGAGGAAGUGGUUUUACAAACCCAAGAAGGACGACACUUCCUUGCUGGCCCAGUUCUUCUACGCCGACGAUGCCUUGAACCUGGUGGCCGCCGAGCUGGACAGCUUCGACGGCCGCAAGGACCCUGAGCGGUGCACCCUGCUGGUCACGCACCUACGCCAAUGCCAGGACAAAGUGCUCAACAUCUGCAACCGCAUCAUGGAGCAGCUUAUUCCAGACGAAAGGGCCAACAGAGACUUUCGAGUCAAGUUCCCAGAUGACGUCAUGCAGGAAAACUUGGCUGGCCAACUGUGGUUCGGCGCAGAGUGCCUUGCUGCUGGCUCGAGCAUCAUGAACCGGGAGCACGAGAGCGCUGCCAUGCGUCCACUGGCCAAGGCCCUCACCAAGUCUCUUGAAAACGUGCGAAACAUGUUGCGAGAGCAGUGCUUCAGAUCUCCACCCGAGUUCGGGGAGCGUCUCAUCGAGGCGUUGAAAAUCUUUGACAGGUUGUUCGCCGAGUUUGAACUGUGUUACGUGAGUGCGAUGGUGCCCGUCAAGUCGAGGGAGGAGUACGAACUGCAGCAAAACGUGAUUGUCCUUUUUUCCGAGACCCUUCAAAGGGCGUUGCGAAUGAAACUUCUGAGUCAAGAUAAAGUGGAUGACUGUGAUCCUGCCCUGAUGUUCACCAUUCCAAGACUGGCGAUCGUCAGCGGCCUUCUAGUUUUCCCCGACGGGCCCCUGUGUCUAGACAAGUCUCCUGCAGAUAUUUCAGAGAUGUUCCGUCCCUUUCAGACGCUACUUCAAAAAAUUAGAGAGCUGCUUUGGACCUUGAGCAAACUGGAGUUGUUCAAGCUGGAAAAAAUGCUGUGCUCGAUCGAGGAACCUUCUGAUUACAAACCUCAGAAUGAAGGGCAAGAGACCAUAUCAUCCUCCUGCCCAGUGCCUGAUCUUGAUGACUAUGUCACUCGCUUUUACAACGAUCACCCUAACUGCAAGCUUCUUAUUGCAGAGCUCUACUCACAAAGAGAAGAGCCUGUCAAGUCUGAUGAACCAGAGUGGAAUGAGGAGGUUUCCGAGUCUGAAACAGUAGUCAACACUAGUGAAGAGGACAAAGAGGAAGAAGCAGUGUCAAAGGAGGCAAUGAAGCAGGUCCAGCACAGUCUAGCCACAUACUUAGUCUCACAAUCAGAGGUGAGCGACUCCGGUGUUGCCAGCCUGGAUCGCACGCCCGAAGAAGCCAAUGUAGCCACUACCUCAGCCACAGAGUCGCACUGGCCAGACAGACCCCAGGGAAUCGUUGUCACGCCUGCUGAUAGGUUCAACUACUCUGGGAACUGGAACAAUAUGAUUCAGAAUCAGAGGCAGCUUGUGAAGAGCAAAAGAAAGGGCUCGCCGAGAGGCAGUAGGAAGGCUCCAAAGAAUGAAAGUCUGCCGUUUGACCGAAGUAAAAACGAUUGCAACGGUACAGCUCCUACCAAUUCCAGUGGAAUGGUUUUGGAAGUUCCGAAAAAUCAGCUGUGUCGGGACGUGUCUGAAAGCUGCGGUUCUAGCUGCAGCUGUUCCAGUUGCAGCAGCGAAACUUCAGAAUUUAAUUCUGAGUGCCAGGACGACGAGGAAAUCGCGUUGGCCAUGCAAGCAGCUGAGAUUGCGCACAGGAACAAAACUCGGGCGAAAUACAACUCGAGCGAAGACCUAAUCCACAGGCUCUUCGUUUGUGUUGCUGGGGUUGCUGACCAACUGCAGACAAAUUUUGCCGGAGACUUGCGGAGCAUUCUCAAGUGUGUCUUCCAGAUGAAUGCGACAGAGCAGGUGGAUGAGGAGGAAGAUAAGAAAGACGAGGACUGUGAUAAGGUCAUUACUGACGAUGACAGCACCAAUGUUGAAAAUGCUGAGGAGGCAAUGCAGAGUUUGGAGGCAAACCCUCCUGAAGACGGCACCACAUUUGAGUCUCCCCCUCCAUGGGUACCAGACCAUAUGGCGCCAAAUUGCAUGACCUGCGAGGCGUUGUUCACUGUGGUUCGACGCAGACAUCACUGCAGACACUGUGGAAAGGUUGUGUGUGCUCGCUGCAGUCCGAACUCGGUCCCGCUUCCAAGGUAUGGUCAAAUGCGGCCAGUGCGGGUGUGCAAUCGCUGCUUUAUGUACCGCGUGACCCCGUUCACCAUGGACGACCUACCAACGAUUCAAACAGCAACCACCUCCUAGCUAGUGAUUUUUAAAACGUGAUUUAAAAGUUUGACAGUAUUGGACAGAGACUUAAAUUGGGAAAUAAACAAUAUAUAAUAUAUUGUAACACGGUCACAAAUAGAGAUGAAAUACACUCUAAGUUCCUCUUAUCAACUUAAGUUUUAUCAAAGUAAAAAUUAUAUAUUCUUAUUUUAUCUAUGGACAAAAACCUUUUACAAUGCUGAAGCUGUGAGGAAUAAUGUUGAUUGAUUGUCUUCCGCUCUGUAUUGUGAGAAGAUUUUAUUUUUUAACUGCUUUCCAUCAAUCAAGAGCCUCUAAAAUAUAGGUACUUUGAUUUUUAUUCUAAUGAAUGUGUUGAGAAUCUGUGACUUAAUGAUUGUACUUUGAUGAUGUGUAAAUGGGAGCACUGUGUUAAAAACAAAAGGGCACAGUUCCUAUAAAAUUCGCAUUUUAAAAUUAUGUUAUAAAUACAAGCCAAUUUUUUUGGUAUGGUUUGUGCAAA